AUGAUGCGCUCCCGUAUUCCAAAUCCCUACUUUGAACCGCUGAAGGGUAGGCCGGCCCUACUGGAUGACCUGAUUGACCGCAUAAACGCCUACGGCAACUACGUGGGUCGUCUGGUUCGUCGCCGAGUGCAGCGCUCAAUGGCCAAGUGUGGUUUCCGCGAACGAUUUCCCCCUUUCAAGUACGUACUACCUUCGCCCUCCCCCUUCCUUCGCUUUUGUUUACCUCAUUUUUCCCAGUCUUUUUUGGGAAAAGGAUAG